AUGUUGCAGAAGAAGUGGUAAAGAUAGUUAUUCUUUAGAUGAAACUUUUUGCCUUUUUCUUUGUGGUCUUAGCGGUGUCCGCUGUUAGUCCCGCGAACGCUCGUGGUCUGCGCGGUCGUAAACAGCAACGAUGUAAUUUAGAGACAACCCCAAAGCCACCAUGUAGACCACCGAUUACGACACCACCACCUACGACUACAACCUUACCUUGCCGAAAACCAAAGACUACAACGACUACAGUGCUACCCUGCCAUAAACCAACAACUACAACGACUACAGUGCUACCCUGCCAUAAACCAACAACUACAACGACUACACCUUGUAACCGUAAACCAACGCCUACGACAACAGCAAUUCCUCAAAACCCUUUGAAUACGACUACUACCUGUAGAGUGGACCCAACAACAACUCUGUCCGAACAAGAUCGAACUACAACUCCUUCAGCUGAGGAACCAACAACACCUGGCGGAGAAGAACCGACGUCAACUGCGUCCAGUGAAGAACCAACGACAACUCCUUUAGCUGAAGAACCAACGACAACUCCUUCAGAUAAAGAACCAACAACUCCUGGCGGAGAAGAACCAACGACAACUUCAGCUGAAGAACCAAAGUCAACUGAUUCCGGUGAAGAUCAAACGACAACUCCUGCAGCUGAGAAACCAACAACUCCUGGCGGAGAAGAACCGACGUCAACUGCGUCCAGUGAAGAACCAACGACAACUCCUUUAGCUGAAGAACCAACGACAACUCCUUUAGCUGAAGAACCAACGACAACUCCUUCAGCUGAAGAACCAACGUCAACUGCUUCCGGUGAAGAUCAAACGACAACUCCCGCAGCUGAGGAACCAACAACUCCUGGCGGAGAAGAACCGACGUCAACUGCGUCCAGUGAAAAACCAACGACAACUCCUUCAGCUGAAGAACCAAAUACAUCUACUUCAGCUGACGAACCAACAACUCCUUCAGCUGAAGAACCAACGUCAACUGCUUCCGGUGAAGAUGAAACGACUACUCCUGCAGCUGAGGAACCAACAACUCCUGGCGGAGAAGAACCGACGUCAACUGCGUCCAGUGAAGAACCAACGACAACUCCUUUAGCUGAAGAACCAAAUACAUCUACUUCAGCUGACGAACCAACAACUCCUUCAGCUGAAGAACCAACGUCAACUGCUUCCGGUGAAGAUGAAACGACUACUCCUGCAGCUGAGGAACCAACAACUCCUGGCGGAGAAGAAUCGACGUCAACUGCGUCCAGUGAAGAACCAACGACAACUCCUUCAGGUGAAGAACCAAAUACAUCUACUUCAGCUGACGAACCAACAACUCCUUCAGCUGAAGAACCUUCGUCAACUGCUUCCGGUGAAGAUGAAACGACUACUCCUGCAGCUGAGGAACCAACAACUCCUGGCGGAGAAGAACCUACGUCAACUGCGUCCAGUGAAGAACCAACGACAACACCUUUAGCUGAAGAACCAACGACAACUCCUUCAGCUGAAGAACCAACGUCAACUGCUUCCGGUGAAGAUCAAACGACAACUCCCGCAGCUGAGGAACCAACAACUCCUGGCGGAGAAGAACCGACGUCAACUGCGUCCAGUGAAGAACCAACGACAACUCCUUUAGCUGACGAACCAACAACUCCUUCAGCUGAAGAACCAACGUCAACUGCUUCCGGUGAAGAUCAAACGACAACUCCUGCAGCUGAGGAACCAAAAACUCCUGGCGGAGAAGAGCCGACGUCAACUGCGUCCAGUGAAAAACCAACGACAACUCCUUCAGCUGAAGAACCAAAUACAUCUACUUCAGCUGACGAACCAACAACUCCUUCAGCUGAAGAACCAACGUCAACUGCUUCCGGUGAAGAUCCAUCGACAACUCCAGCAGCUGAGGAACCAACAACUCCUGGCGGAGAAGAACCGACAUCAACUGCGUCCAGUGAAGAACCUACGACAACUCCUUUAGCUGACGAACCAACAACUCCUUCAGCUGAAGAACCAACGUCAACUGCUUCCGGUGAAGAUCAAACGACAACUCCUGCAGCUGAGGAACCAACAACUCCUGGCGGAGAAGAGCCGACAUCAACUGCGCCCAGUGAAAAACCAACGACAACUCCUUCAGCUGAAGAACCAAAUACAUCUACUUCAGCUGACGAACCAACAACUCCUUCAGCUGAAGAACCAACGUCAACUGCUUCCGGUGAAGAUCAAACGACAACUCCCGCAGCUGAGGAACCAACAACUCCUGGCGGAGAAGAACCGACGUCAACUGCGUCCAGUGAAAAACCAACGACAACUCCUUUACCUGAAGAACCAACGACAACUCCUUCAACUGAGGAACCAACGUCAACUGCUGCCAGUGAUGAUCAAACGACAACUCCUGCAGCUGAGGAACCAACAACUCCUGGCGGAGAAGAACCGACGUCAAUUGCGUCCAGUGAAAAACCAACGACAACUCCUUUACCUGAAGAACCAACGACAACUCCUUCAACUGAGGAACCAACGUCAACUGCUGCCAGUGAUGAUCAAACGACAACUCCUGCAGCUGAGGAACCAACAACUCCUGGCGGAGAAGAACCGACGUCAACUGCGUCCAGUGAAGAACCAACGACAACUCCUUUAGCUGAAGAACCAACGACAACUCCUUCAGCUGAAGAACCAACGUCAACUGCUGCCGGUGAAGAUCAAACGUCAACUCCUGCAGCUGAGGAACCAACAACUCCUGGCGGAGAAGAGCCGACGUCAACUGCGUCCAGUGAAAAACCAACGACAACUCCUUCAGCUGACGAACCAACAACUCCUGGCGGAAAAGAACCAUCGACAACUCCUUCAGCUGAAGAACCAACAUCAACUGCUUCCGGUGAAGAUCAAACGACAACUCCUGCAGCUGAGGAACCAACAACUCCUGGCGGAGAAGAACCGACGUCAACUGCGUCCAGUGAAGAACCAACGACAACUCCUUUAGCUGAAGAGCCAACGACAACGCCUUUAGCUGAAGAACCAACGUCAACUGCUUCCGGUGAAGAUCAAACGACAACUCCUGCAGCUGAGGAACCAACAACACCUGGCGGAGAAGAACCAACGACAACUGCGUCCAGUGAAAAACCAACGACAACUCCUUUACCUGAAGAACCAACGACAACUCCUUCAACUGAGGAACCAACGUCAACUGCUGCCAGUGAUGAUCAAACGACAACUCCUGCAGCUGAGGAACCAACAACUCCUGGCGGAGAAGAACCGACGACAACUGCGGCCAGUGAAAAACCAACGACAACUCCUUUACCUGAAGAACCAACGACAACUCCUUCAACUGAGGAACCAACGUCAACUGCUGCCAGUGAUGAUCAAACGACAACUCCUGCAGCUGAGGAACCAACAACUCCUGGCGGAGAAGAACCGACGUCAACUGCGUCCAGUGAAGAACCAACGACAACUCCUUUAGCUGAAGAGCCAACGACAACUCCUUUAGCUGAAGAACCAACGUCAACUGCUUCCGGUGAAGAUCAAACGACAACUCCUGCAGCUGAGGAACCAACAACUCCUGGCGGAGAAGAACCGACGUCAACUGCGUCCAGUGAAGAACCAACGACAACUCCUUUAGCUGAAGAGCCAACGACAACUCCUUUAGCUGAAGAACCAACGUCAACUGCUUCCGGUGAAGAUCAAACGACAACUCCUGCAGCUGAGGAACCAACAACUCCUGGCGGAGAAGAACCGACGUCAACUGCGUCCAGUGAAGAACCAACGACAACUCCUUUAGCUGAAGAGCCAACGACAACUCCUUUAGCUGAAGAACCAACGUCAACUGCUUCCGGUGAAGAUCAAACGACAACUCCUGCAGCUGAGGAACCAACAACUCCUGGCGGAGAAGAGCCGACGUCAACUGCGUCCAGUGAAAAACCAACGACAACUCCUUUACCUGAAGAACCAACGACAACUCCUUCAACUGAGGAACCAACGUCAACUGCUGCCAGUGAUGAUCAAACGACAACUCCUGCAGCUGAGGAACCAACAACUCCUGGCGGAGAAGAACCGACGUCAACUGCGUCCAGUGAAGAACCAACGACAACUCCUUUAGCUGAAGAGCCAACGACAACUCCUUUAGCUGAAGAACCAACGUCAACUGCUUCCGGUGAAGAUCAAACGACAACUCCUGCAGCUGAGGAACCAACAACACCUGGCGGAGAAGAACCAACGACAACUCCCCCCGUUCAAGAACCAACGACUACUCCUCAAGAACCUGUCAUUACUACUACUACCACAUGUAAAUUAAUUUUAAACACAACUAGUACGUCCUGUAGGCAAGAGUCUACGACGACGAGUUCCUCCUGUAAACGCAAAACGACAACAACUAGUCCCUGUGGUGUUAAAACUACAACACCAUGUCAUGGUAAACCUUUCAUCACAACAACUUGUGAGCAAGAAAGCAGUGUAAUGAAAUUGGUAUCCAGCGGUUCGAAGACCAAAUCUGCAUCAGGAGGCAAUAUGAUCGCCGUUAUUGGAAAUGUUAAUAUGGGAAGCGAGUUUUACGCAAAUGCAAAAAAUGUUUUUGAGGCGAUAUUAAAACUAGCUGGGCUUCAAAACGGAGCUUAAGGACGAAUGAAUUUAUGGAAUAUAUUAUAAUAUGGGAACAGAGAACAUAUAUAUUUUCAUAUAAUAAUUUAUAUAUGUAUAUAUAUUAAUCAAUAAAUAAGCAACAUACUAAACAAAGUCUAUUAAA